AUGAAAUUCCUGUUCAACGCACUCAACAUCCUUAUGGCAUUCUUUUUAAUGGCCUUGCCAGUAUUUGGUGUUUCUAUUUUAUCUGAUACGCUUGCUAAGGUCGAGGCUCUUCUCAACCAUAUUGAAGAAACGGUUCAAGGUACCGUGGAUCUGUCUUUGGUCAACUCAACUCUUGCUGACAUUAACAACUUAAGUGAUCCUUUGAUUAAUAAUCUUGGAUCUGGUAUUGACGGCUUACUUACCAGUUUGCUUGGUUAA